UCUUGACUUGAUAGAAAUUUGACAGUAAAGAAAGAAGCUAGCUCGCUCGCUCACUUUGUUUUUUGUAUAUAACAAACAUCAAUUUCUCAAUUUAUUUUAUUGAAGUGAUAUUAUUUUCAUCUAAUGAAAUAAAUAUUCAGUUAUGGAAGUGAAUUAUUAUAUUAAUAAAUGGGAAAAAGGGCCAAUAUGGAGUAUAUAACCAAAUUAUUUUGUAGCCGUACGUAAGUUUGUACGGACAUCAACACGUUAUUAACUAUCAAACAAAUCUGUUUUUACAAUGCGUUGCUGCGUCCCAGGCUGUAAAAAUGACUCCAGACAUACCUCCAAGUCGCAGGGGAUUACAUUUCAUGUGUUCCCAACUGACAUAACGCUCCGCACAGCGUGGCUCCGGGCCCUAAACAAGGAGGAUUGGGAGCCAAAAGAACGCAGCACAGUUUGCUCCGAACAUUUUUUGAGUGAUGACAUGUAUAAGACUAAGAGUGGUAUGAACAAAUUGAGGCCAAAGGCUGUCCCUAUAGUUGUCCCGGAAUUCACCGACAGUGAUUAUGGCGAACCAGUUAGUUUGAAGGUGUGCAGAAUAUGUCUCGGGACGGAUACCAAAUUGUUCCCAAUAAAGAAAUAUAAACUGGAUUUGGCUUAUGAGAAUCUCACCGGCUUAUCGUUAUGUGGUGAGGACAGCUUACCGCAGAGUCUGUGUGGGGAAUGCGCUCAACGGCUGAUAAAUUGUAACCAGUUCAGAAAUAGGAGCUUAAGAGCUAACUUCCUUAUGAUGGAAAUCAUCAGAAGACAUAAUCAUCUGACGACACAAAAUAUAAAAGUGAUUAAUCGCGAGAACAAUCGACUAUCAUCAAAUCUCAUCGCAAAAAAUUUACGACCCGACCAUCAUGAUCUACACAUUGUACACGAUCUCACAGAUAACAAACCUAUAGCAAUCGAGGUCGAGAUCAAACACGAGAUAGACGACAUUUCUAUUAACGAUUCAAUCGACAAAAUCGAUUUCGCCAACACUAAUCAAGUCAACGAUUUUGUCGAUAAAACCGACGAGGUCAACGACAACGAUUACGUACAAGACGUCGACUAUUCCACAGACGACAGUCUACCAUUAAAGAAAAGAAAGAAAGAGAAGAAAGAAAAGGUGAAAAAGCAGAAGAAAGUGAUUAAAAAAGUUAAAAAAGUCAAAGAUGAACAGCCGAAAAUUGACAGGAGACGGAAGCCAUUUUUGAACGAUGAUUUGAAUGAGACUUUGUUCACGAUUACCGAUCUCACGUUUGAGGAGCAAGUGGCAGAGAUCCUGAAGAGGCAGGACAGUGCUAAUUACAAGAACUCUAGUUUCAAGUGUACAGAGUGUUUUAAAGGAUUUUUAGACGAGGACGCUUAUAAUUCGCAUAUGACGAGGCAUUCUAUUGAGUUCGGUGAAUUCCAAUGUGACAUAUGCAAAACUCACUUCAAACAAUCGCACGCGCUCCGCAAACACAUAACGGCGCACCACACGCAGCGGUUCAGCUGCAACCUGUGUCCGUACGACACCACGCACAGGCAGACGGCCCGCCUGCACGAACGCUGGCACAAGGGCACGAAGUACAAGUGUCCACAUUGCCAGGACGAGUUCGUCAAAUUCACAACAUACAUGGGCCACAUAAGGAUCAAGCACCCAUCUGAUUUCGUGUGCCAGUUGUGCGGUUACUCGUUCGUCAGUGAGAAAGGCAUACAGUUGCACAAGAAGCUCAAGCACCGAUUGGAUGAGGUCCAGAUACCGGAAGACGGUCCAUUUUGUGAACUAUGCAACAUCCGCUUCGCCACAGCGGAAGCCUUGCGGAGACACGUCAGCGUGUCAGCGAGGCACAACGCUAGCGACAAGGAGGGCAGGGAGGCCAAUAAGCCGAAGAAGGGUCGCAAGACUAGAGACGCGAAGGAGAGGGAGAAGAGUGCGAAAGAGAAGGACGAUGACGAUGACGACAAACAGUAUCCCAAUCAGAUGCGGAAAGCGGAGGGGCCCAUUCCUUGUGAACAGUGUGGACUCCAACUAGAAGACUCCCGCGCAUACCACGGCCACUUCCGGCGGAUGCACCCGGACAAGAACAGGACAAACUACCCCAGCAUGAAGUGUCCGUGCAUGUGCGAGCUAUGCGGCAGAAUGUUCCAGAGCUACGCCCUCCUAAAGGACCACGCGUGGGUCCACACAGGCGAAAGGCCAUUCAAAUGUGAUUCGUGCGACAAGUCGUUCCGUAUGAAGCAGCGGCUGGUGGCGCACAAACGCGUGCACAGCGAACACAAGCACACGUACGGCUGCCAGCUGUGCGGGAAACAGUUCUCCACGCACAGCAACCGGCAGAGGCACAUGUUUAUCCACACAGGUUUAAAGCCGUUUAAGUGUGAGAUGUGUGGAAAAGGAUUCAAACACGCAAGUGAGAAGCGGGCGCACAUAACUUACGUACAUCUGAAGAAGCCCUGGCCUAAGCGGAGCCGGGGGAAACGACGUGUCGACGGACGACCCGUGCCGCUGCCGCCGCAACAAUCAGCGCCACCUGGUGACGAUAUGGAGAUGGCCACUCUUUGGCCAAUGUGUGACCCGAAACUUGGCGAGAUGAACGUUAUCGAGGACAAACCUAUGUAUUAUAACCUCAAAAUUUAGUUUUCAUUAGCUUUUAGCCGUGUCAGAUGCCUCGAGACGAUCAUCAAUUAAAGAAUCGUUCAACUUCAGCGAUAUUUUAUAAGAAAAUUUUUAACAUCAGUCGGUUUUUGCCCAGUAGUGUUCGCAUCAGUAUUAUAUACUAGCUGCGCCCCGAGGCUUCGCUCCGGUGGGAAUUUCGG